AUGUCAACCGCACUUUGCUUGGCUCCGAAUGUCAAGUCGUUGCUGGGCUCCACCGCUCGCGGCUUCAGCAGCAAUGCUCCCGUCUCCAGCGGCGACCGAGAGACUCUCGACCGCUGGAUCGCCCACAUCCAGGGGCUCACCGUUGUCGAGCAGGAUGAGAUCACCCGAUCGGCCGCCCAGUUGCUCGCAACGACGCUCUAUCCAUCGGCCCCAUCGGCCCCGGCGUGGGACUCAGUCCCGGUCGGCAGCGAGCUGCCUCCGGCAUACCACUUGGUGUGCUUCCCUCCGCGCGAGCCCGAAUGCCGACUGGCCAGCGACGGCUACGACACCUCGUUCACGCCCCCAGCCCCAUAUCUCAAACGCAUGUGGGCCGGCGGAUCGUUCGAGUGGAACCUCGAGAACCCCCUCCGCAUCGGCGACAGGGUGUCGCAGACGACCAAGGUCGACAGGAUCCAGGUCAAGCCGGGCGCCCAAGGCGAUCUGCGAGUGUUUGUGUGGAUGAAGAAGGACAUUGCGAACGAGGCCGGGCCGUCCAUGCAGGAGGUGCGGUGCCUGGUAUACAUGGAUGCCCGCAGCCGGGUCAGCGAUCCCGGGCGGGUGCUCAAAGGUCAGUUCCCUUCCAGCACAAGGCCCAACUUUAGUCGCCAGAUCAAGCCGACGGCCCUGACUCUCUUCCGGUACUCGGCCCUGACCUUCAACAGCCACUUGAUCCACUACGACCCGGACUACUGCCGAGCCGAGGAGGGAUACCCAGAGCGGCUCGUCCAUGGCCCGCUGACUUGCACCCUCCUGCUGGAUCUGCUCCACAAGCGCCUGGCCGAGACUCAGGGCAUCCAGCACCGCCGUCCGUUCCUGCGCUCGUUCGAGUACCGGGCCCUCAGUCCGCUCUACUGUGGCCAAGACCUCCAUUUGCACGGACGAGUGCUCGACCGCGAGCCCGCCACCGCCGGCGAGAUGCGCUAUGAGCUGUGGGCGACCAAUGCCCAGGGCGGCCUUGCGAUGAAGGGCACUGCGGUCGUCACCGAGCGCGAUGCAUAG